AUGAGCAGUAACACGAGCAAAGGCGAAGACCAAAUCAUCGCACUGUUAUCGAAGCUCGUCGAGAAGGGUAAGGAUGACGACGCGGACAGGUAUGCUGCCACGGCAAAUAGCCUGUCCACCGCCGCCAUGGCCGUCUCGAUCGCGGCGCUCGUCAUUGCCCUGAUGCAGGCAGUCCUCCAAUACGCAAAUUCUAACGAGAACCACCGAGAGAAAUGCAACAUCGGCGCCAUUGGACGUGCUGCCAUGCUCCCAGGUACUUCUGCGUGGUCGUGGCGCCACUGGCGCCGCAGAUAUACCUAUCCACUGCUGUCUCUACAUCAUGACUUGGUCAUUCGGAGCAUUUCAACGACCGCUCCCAACAGUAUGAUGGGCGUCCUCUCGCCUUCUGUUACGUUGCUCGGCGUGGGCGCGGAUUCUCAAGGAACCCCUGAAACACCAUAUGUGUGGGCUGCAUCGAACAUCUACGAUGAGAAUAUACAGGCAUCUAAUACCGCACCGGAGGGAGCUUGGGUACUACACAAACACACACGUUCCCGGGGAACGCACCCCGCCUCACUUUGGGACUUGUCGUUGGCACAUAUUAUUCGAUGGAAGUGGCGUACCAUCACAUACGACAACCCCAAGAGACUGAGGCCCCGGGCCACGUGGGCACAACUUCUCGACACACUAAAUGUGUGUGAUCUUACGCCGCUCGUCGAGGAUCGUGUAGAUGCAGAGUGUAUCCCAUCGUCUGUGGAUGUGCCCACACAAAAGGUGGACUUGGUCAGCAUGGGUGUCGUCGCCUUCCAUCUGGGCUUCCACUCCGUCGACAUCAACGUGACUGAUAGAAGCAUCCUCGCCACUGGAAGAGCGGGGUCCAUCUCAACCGAAGAUGUUCUAGCGGCUUUCUUCGCUUUCAUGGCCCCCAACUUUUCGGCUCUCUUUGCUUUGGAAUACCCUACAAGCGGGGUUAUCCGCCUUCUCGACAACCACGUUAUUUCGAUAUCACUACUGAUACGCUAA